UCCUCCUCCACCAUGAACCGUCUGAAAUGCUGCUUCAUCUCCGGGAGCGUCAUCGGCGCGGUCGCGUGCGUGCUCGGUAUCAUCCUCAUUCCGGUGGGCGACUCUGUGAUCGGGAACACUGUCAAAAAGGAAGCCGUGUUGGAGGAAGGAACCACGGCGUAUGAGAACUGGAUCUCUGCCGGCGCACCGGUGUACAGGCAGUUCUGGCUGUUUGAGGUGCAAAACCCCGACGACGUGAUGAAGAACGGCAGCAUCCCUGAUCUCCAGCAGAAAGGACCGUACACGUACAGGACGAGAUACAUCCCCAAGGAGAAUGUGACAUUCUACCAGAACCACACCGUGUCCUUCCUGCUGCCGUUGGAAGCUAUCUUUGAGCCGAGCAAGUCUGUAGGAGCAGAGGAGGAUGUGGUGACCUCACUGAACCUCGCUGUGGCUGGUGUCUACAGCAGUCCGCUAAGUCACGUGGUGGCGAACAUACUGAUCCAAGCGAGCAACUCGAAUCUGUUUCAGAACAGAACCGUGAAGGAGCUGCUGUGGGGCUACAGAGACCCCAUGCUGAAAGCACAACUGGGAGUGUUUUACCCGUAUAACGGAACCUACGACGGCCCCUACAGCGUCUUCACAGGCAAAGACGACAUCAACAAAGUUUCCACCAUCGACUCCUGGAACCGCCAGCAGUCUCUGUCCUACUGGAAUAAUACGUACUGUGAUAUGAUCAACGGCACAGACGGCUCGUCCUUCUCUCCGUUCCUGGACAAGAAGACACCGUUGUACUUCUUCUCCUCAGAUAUCUGCAGGUCUGUCUUGGCCGAGUUCGAAGGCACUGUGGAUCUGAAGGGGAUCACGGUGUAUCGCUACAUGCUGCCGCCGCAAACCUUCGCCUCCCCGGUGGACAAUCCAGACAACCUGUGCUACUGCACAAACAAAGAGACCACAAGGAACUGCACCAUAGCCGGCGUGCUCGACAUCAAACCAUGUAAAGGUGCUCCUGUGUUCAUUUCCCUCCCUCAUUUCCUCCACGGCAGUAAGGAGCUGCUGGAACUCGUUCAUGGUUUAAACCCGAACCCCGAGGAACACUCCACUUAUCUGGACGUGGAACCGCUCACAGGCUUCACGCUGAGGUUCGCCAAACGCCUUCAGCUCAACAUGAUGUACGGUCCAUCGAAGGACAUCAAGAUCCUUAAUAAAGUGAAGGAGAACACCAUCUUCCCCAUCCUGUGGUUAAACGAGACGGCGGCGCUCGAUGAUGACACAGCAAACAGGAUUAAGGCGGAGCUCUUCGCCCGGAUCGACACACUGGAGACGGUGCAGAUCGCUCUGAUAUCGGCCGGAGCGGUGAUGCUGGUGCUGUGUCUGAUCGGAGUGUGUGUGGUGAACCGCCAGAGUCACAUAUCGUUUGUAGCAUAAAGCGUGACGUGUUUACACAGCGAUUAACAUCAAGACUGUAGCAAAUGCUCCAGCUCAGGAAACUACACGGCACUUAAGUACGGCAACACUAAUGGCACAAAUACGCAACUAUACUAGCUACCACCAGGGGGUGCUGGAGGGUCAGGACAAGCUUUAAGGAAAAUUUUACCGCUAACGCGACACGUAUACGGACUCGCUUUCAGUAAACACUUUAGCUUUUAACAUUUUAUUUAAACAUCUAUAAAGUUAAAACCCUAAAAAAAAACAACUUCACCCUGAUUUUCCCUCAGAUUUUGCGAAUCAGCCAAGACAUGUUUAGCUUGUGAAGUCUUUCGUUUUGCACUGAAGCUAACAGGCUAACGGCUAAUGUGUAAGGAAAGCUUUACAGCAACCAGUUUAACGUUAAUCAAACUGAAUCGCGUCCUUCCUGAAUGCAUAGAAGUGAUUCAGAUGACAGUAAUAAUAAUAAUAAUAAUAAUAAUAAUAAUAAUAGGUGUAUUUAAUUCUGCUAUUUUAUUCAUACGUUUAAAUAUAAUUCUGAGACAAAUACCGAGACAAACGUCUCUUACAUUUAGCUCCAGUGCAGAAUGACAGAAGUGAAAUUCUGGAUAAAUUCUUCCUUUAAUGCUGUAUUUUUUUAAAUACACAGUAUAUGUUUAUAGUAAUUAUUCAGUACUGUAACCAUGUAUCAAUAUUAUAAAAAUAAGUUGUAUUUCAGUUUGCGGCCAAUAAAAAAAAAGAAUGUAAAAAAAAAAAACCCCAAAACAAAUCGCAGCUCUUUAU